AUGUCCGCCCAAGUUGCUAAGGCCGAGAACCCCUGCCGAUCCCUUCGCCUGUCGAAGUUGGUCCUGAACAUCUCCGUCGGAGAGUCCGGUGAUAGACUCACUCGUGCCGCCAAGGUGCUCGAACAGCUCUCCGGUCAGACCCCCGUCUACAGCAAGGCCCGUUACACCGUCCGUACCUUCGGUAUCCGCCGUAACGAAAAGAUCUCCGUCCACGUCACCAUCCGUGGCGCCAAGGCCGAGGAGAUCCUCGAGCGUGGCCUCAAGGUCAAGGAGUACGAGCUCCGCAAGCGCAACUUCUCUGAGACCGGUAACUUCGGAUUCGGUAUCAGCGAGCACAUCGAUCUCGGUAUCAAGUACGACCCCGGCAUUGGUAUCUACGGCAUGGACUUCUUCGUCUGCAUGGACCGCCCCGGUGCCCGUGUUGCCAAGCGCCGCCGCUGCAAGUCUAAGAUCGGUGUCAACCACCGCAUCACCACCGCCGAGACCAUGAAGUGGUACAAGACCAAGUACGAUGGAAUUAUCCGUUAA